AUGUUACGCAAAUCUUCGGUUUCGUUUCUUGCUGCCACCAGAACGGCUCUCUCCGGCGGUAACACUGGACCUACACCGUAUCAAGACAAACCGUACCCAGUCCAGCCGCAUAACCUUAAUGAGUUCCAGCAGCCACCCGACACAUGGCGUAAGAGUCCCUUUAUGAGCAAACUGAUGGACCAAGCGCUCCCCGUUUAUGAUGAUGUUGUAACGGGGUCCGGGCGUCUCUACUGGCAGGAGCCCGCGAAGGUUUGGCACUUGUUCGAGGCGGAUGAUACUCUUAUCCUCGAGGAGCACGACCGAGAGGAGUGGAACGAACGACCCUACGUUGCCGUGAACCACCUAUACGAACCUCCAAUUGGAAGCGAAGAACGCCCUAUCCGUGUAGAGGCUGUGGGCAAUCCUGGAGAUCAGCAGAUCGUGAUGUGCUUUGGAAAUUGUGCUCCUCAUGUGCCACAGUCGACCUACUACAUGAUGAUGAAAGGGUACAGCAAGAACAAGUGCCCAAUGUGCCAGCAGUGGUUUUACAUUCACAACCGUCCGUGGUUAGUCAUGCACCCUGACUGGACAGAUGAGCCGGCAGCCGAUGAAGGCCCGGCGUACACCUUUGCGGAGAUCGAGGCGGAGUUUGACCGAGACUUUCAUGAGUUCGCGGUGUACCUGAACGCGGAGUAG